AUGCAGGAAGACUGGGCUCGCUCCGACACCUACCACAACAGCUUCCUGCUCUUGCCCGACGAGGCCCUCGACUUCGCCAAAGCAAACGGCGCGAAGAAUGGGCUGCCAGAUAUUGCUGUGAGCGCGGCACAGGGGAAGUACCUCGACCUUCUCGUGCGAUCGAUCGGCGCGAAGAGGGUUCUUGAGGUCGGUACGCUCGGAGGGUACUCCUCGAUAUGGAUGGGCCGUGCGCUCCCGGACGACGGCGAGCUCGUCACUCUUGAGCUCGACGAGAAACAUGCCACAGUUGCGAGCGAGAACGUCGCGCACGCUGGUCUAGCGGACAAGGUGAAGAUCGUCCAGGGCGCCGCUGCCGACUCUCUGGCGAAGAUGCCAGCGGACAAGCCCUUUGACCUCGUCUUCAUCGACGCAGACAAACCAGGGAACCUGGCAUACUUCUUGGAGGCGAAGCGCCUCACCAAGAAUGGAGCAGUCAUAAUCAUAGACAAUGUGGUGCGCCGGGGCAAGGUCGCCGAUCCCGAAUAUACCGACGCGAAUGUCGAGGGCGUCCGCAAGCUGUUAACUCACCUGAAGACUGAUCGCGAAGUGGACGCUACCACGAUAUCUACAGUGGGAGAGAAAGGCUGGGACGGGUUCACAUACACCCUGAAGCUGUGA